AUGUCUGAAUCUACUCAGAACGUCGAGGAACCCUUAGUUGAGGAAUCUGCCUACGUCUCUCCCAUCGCUAAGCCCAGACUCGGCGGCAAGUCUCUUCUCAGGUCCCUGAAGCUUGUCAAGCGUGCUAUUGCCGUUGAGAAGCUGGCUAAAAUGAACAACACUGAGGGCAAGGGGUACUCUGACCUUGAGUUAACUCGCCUCGUAAAGCGUGGUGUUCAGGACGUCACUAAAUCUCUUCGCAAGGGCGCCACUGGCAUCGUUCUCAUUGCCUCUGACGUCCACCCCGUUGACACCGUCGCACACCUUCCCAUUCUCUGCGAGGAGCUUUCUCUGUCCUAUGCCUACGUUACUUCUAAAAAGAUUCUUUCCGACGUUUGUCACUCGAGGCGGCCCACUUGCGUUGUUCUCGUCGUAAAGCCUUUCAACGACUUUGCCAAGAGGAUUUCCAAGCUUUCUGAUUCCGACGUUUCUAAACUCGACUAUUCUGAGCUUUACAAUAAGGUGGAUGUGAACAUAAGGAAACACCAUCCUUUUCUUUAA